AUGGGAUUCAAGAGGGAGGAUCUGCCUGAUGACCCCAAAACAGGUGAUACCCUUUCCACCAUCCUCUCUCCCAGCUGCGGCGGCGAGGAUCCCCUGCUGACAUUGUCCUCCUACCUCAACUGCCUCACCAGGCGGACGCCGCGCACCACCGGGGAGCUUGUCUCGUUUUUCCACAAUUUCGGGAAUGAGCUGCACAGUCAUCCUUCAGCGUUGUCUCCACUGGGCUCCGCCCUCUCCACUCGACAUGACGACUGCCCCGACUGGGAUUGUCUCAAGGACGCAGACAUCAAUGCCAUCAGGGACGCCCAGGGCUCCGCCACUCCCAACUCCAUCCACGACAAGGACCAUCCCAAGACGCUGUCCACGCUGCUUGGCUGCGGCAUCGAUAAUGUCAACUGCCCACAACUCAUGAAGCCCAUCACCUACCAGGCCUACGCCCUGUACUCUUCCAGCUUCGCCCACCACUACCUCGGCUGGACGGUCUACCUGCCCGAUAGAAUGUGGGAGUCACUGACGAAGCUGCACCAUGAUCUCAAGAUCCUUCAAUGUCCCGACUCCAAGCUCAAGUCCCUCCACCAGUGUGCCAAUGCUCUGCCCCUCCUCUACUCUCACGGGUUCACGCCGCCGGAGGGUACAUUGAAGUCGCCACUCACGUGUACACAGGUCAUCACCAAGCUGAGGGAAGUGGUCUCCGGAGAACCUAUCGCGACGCUUAUGACCUGCAUGGACGAGUUCCUUUACGGCAUCCGGGAGCCCUUCUUCUAUACCCUGCUCACACUGUGGUCUAUCGCGACGGUCUACGUCGCUCACUCCCUACUCUACCGCCUGGAUGUCCUGUACAUCCGCUCGCAUCUCCUCACUACCAGGGCUUCCCACCUCAUCGAUGUCAAAGCGCUCCUCAUGCACGGGAGGAAGAUGCUCUCACUCUACCGCGACGUCGAUUACUUCGACGACGAACUCGUUGACUAA